UACACCGCCGCCAACAGUCGUUCAGUCGUUGUCGUUGUUUACGUUCGUUCUGUUCCGUUCGCCGUUGCGUAUAAUUCACGUGCUCUCGUGUCAACGGCCAUUUUGUUGUAAAGAAGUGUGCUCACACCACGAGAUUGUUCUUUUUGCUAUUGCUUUCAGCAUAUUAUAUAUCCGAUCCUAUUAACCAUUCAUUAACAUUCAAUGUUUUCAAAAAAUAUUAUAUUAUACUUCAAUAACAAAUUAAAAAUACCAUACUAUUCAUACUAUUUUCUAUUUCACUAGACUUAACAACACAGAAAACAUAAUGUUAUCAGACUUAAAUUUGCAAUUUUAACACUAAAUACUUAUAUACCUAUAUAUAUGAAUCAAUAGUAUUGAAUUAUAAUAAUUACUGAUUUAAUAUAAUUAGUAAAAACAAAAAUAAAUUUUAAAUAACUACCUACCUAUACUUACACAGUUACUUGUUUAAACAAGUAUACUAUGUAUAAAUUGGUAGGCACUUACUUUAGCAUUUAGGUACCUACUGAUUAGUCAUAAUUAAAAAAUUUUUAUUAACAAUUUAACAAUUAUUGAAGAGGAUAUAUUGAAAAUGGACAACAAUCCCAAUUCAGACACCCAUUUGAAGAAUACACUAGAUAAUUUAUCAACAGAAAUUGGCAAAUUAUCAUUAGAUGGAGCUCAACCAAGUAUAAACCAAUUUUUAGGCGAUACUAAAAUGAAGAGCUCUGAUAAAAUAAAAUUACCAACGCCGUUGCGUUCAAUGCUUAAACUUUCUUUCGCGGAAAAAAUUGAGCCUUUUGAUUACAUUGACAAACAUCUAUAUUAUUUAAACCGUAAUAUAUACCAGUCAUUUUUAAAAUGGAGAGUGAAAGUUUCUCCAAAGACCUCAAGCGAGUUGGUACUUCAUUUACUAGCCUUUCAGACAUUUGUCAAUUACCAUGGUAGAUUCUUGGUUGGUUGCAAACAAUGGUGUGCUGUUGUGGACUAUGUUUUUACGGCAUGGAAACAUGUUAACGCUAUACCAAUAGACACUAGUGUUAUGCAUGUAGAUGCACGCAAAGAUAGUUUUUCUUUAUUGUUAAGAUAUUGUAUGAUAGCACUUAUUAAACUGAAAAACACACUUAACAAAGAGAUAAAAGAAGAUUGUUUAAAACAUUUGAAAUUACUAUGUGACACCAGCCAAGAUGACAUUGUGAAGAAUACACAAGAUUUGUUUUUCAAAUAUAUUUAUAGCACUGAUUUUUUGGAAUAAAUAUAUUAUUGCAAUA